GCAGUUUUAAAAUGUCUCAUUUAGAAAAUACACAUAAAACACCAAUGGAAAAUAUCAUUAAAGAAGCUGAUAAAUUAGUUGCACAAGGUCAAUUUCAUAAAGUUUAUCAUUAUCUCAAAGCUUCAUUGAAAAAUUACGAUGAUGUUGAAUUAUUAUGGAGAUUUGCUCAAGCAUGUUAUCUUUGUGGUAAUGUUCUUGCUUUAUGUUAUCAUGAUGAGAAAUUUUGUUAAUAAUAUUAAUUAUUAUUCUUGUUAUUAGUUUAUUAUGUUACAAAUAAACCAUGUAAAGCAUUCUGUGAAACAUAUUUCUCAGAGGGGAUGAAUGCAGCUAAAAAGGCUAUGGAGAAAAAUCCUAAUCAUGCUAAUUCCUUAACGUGGUAUGGUAUCUUGUGGGAUGAACACAGUAAUUUGAAAGGUUUCUCAGAAAGAUUCAAGAAUGUCUCACAGUUAUAUGACAUAUGGAUUAAAUCACAAAAACUUGAUCCGAAUAACUUUUUAACUGAGGGUAGUUUGGGAGUAUGGUAUUUUAUUAUGACAGAUGUAUACAGUACAAAACCAGAACUUUUUAAAGGUACAAAGUAUACUGGGAAGGAAUUCUCUUAUGAAUUGGCAUUAAAACAUAUGCUGAAAUGUGAAGAAUUGGCUCCUAUGAGAUCUGUAAUAACGUUGGCAUAUUUGGCUAAAUGUUAUGCACGACUAGGACAAAAAGACAAAGCGAAAGAUUGUGGUCUUAAAGUACUUAAUUAUCCUGCACAUCAUGUCGAAGCCGAUGAGGCUAGGAAAGAAGUUGAGGAAUUAAUGCAAACGCUUAAAUGAUUACAUUGAUAAUGAUAGUAACUACUGUACUAUAAUGAAGAAGGGAUUAUAUCCCAUCAUAUUAAAAUUAAUGAAGCGACUACUAGUACUGACGUAUUAUUGUGUUUCAUGUAUAUGAACACUCUACAAAUAUAUGUGAUGUGUAUGAUGAACCUUGUUAUUUAAGUUCUGUAUGUUCAAUUGAAUUGUUAACUGUCUAUCGGAGUGGCAGUAAACAGCCGUAUUUGAUCAUUUUCAUUCACAAAUUUAAAAGAUUGAACU